AUGGCUCACUCCGAUACUUGGUCUACCAAAACCAACCAUCCAUCUGUCAAAAGCUCUCAUUCCAAGACCUCUAAGGAGAAAGUGGAAUCGCAAUCGAGAACGAAAUCCAGUUCGCCUGACCACAAAACACAAGACACUUCCCCCUCGCAACCCAUUGAUGAUGGAUAUUACUCAUUUGAAAGAGCGUCAAGAUACGCCGCAGACCCUAUAAAUCCUAACCCGGAAUACGAACAUUGGUCAGCAAAGAAAAGUAUGGAUGCCCAUAAAGCCGACAUGAGACAGUAUCUCGAACGCUACGAUGAUACCUGGAGCCACGCCUCGCAAUAA